UCAUGUGCAAGUGGGAAGUCGCACUGACACCGAGCGGGGCCACAGGGAGCUGAGCCGAGAGCCGCGCCGAGCCGGGGGACUGACUCUCAGUGUGUGCAGGGCGCGGGACCCCGGGGACGGGGUCUUCCCUUAGGGCCGGAGCCCGCCCGCCGCCCCGCCCCUGCUGCCGGGGUCCCGCCCGCCCGCCGCGUUUCUGGGACCGUGGGGCGUUAGCUGAGGAGGAAGCAUGCUGGCCGUCCACUGCGCGCUGCUGGCCGCCCUGCUCGCCGCGCCGGGGGCGGCGCUGGCCCAACCGGACUGCCCUGCGCUUGAGGUGGCAAGUGAUGUGCUGACCAGCCUGCCGGGGGACAGCGUUACCCUGACCUGCCCAGGGGCAGAACCGGAAGACAAUGCCACCGUUCACUGGAUGCUCAGAAAUCCCGUCGUGGGCUCUCACCAUAGCAUACAGGCCGGCGUGGGAAGGAGGCUGCUUCUGAGGUCGGUGCAGCUCAGUGACUCUGGAAACUACACGUGCUACCGGGCUGGCCACCCCGCGGGAUCUGUGCGCUUGCUGGUGGAUGUUCCUCCCGAGGAGCCCCAGAUCUCCUGCUUGCGGAAGAGCCCCCUCAGCAAUGUUGUUUGUGAGUGGGGUCCUCGGAGCCCUCCCUCCCUGACGACCAAGGCUGUGCUGCUGGUGAAGAAGUUUCUCUACAGCCCAGUGGAAGAAUUCCUGGUGCCGUGCCAGUAUUCUCAAGAGUCCCAGAAGUUCUCCUGCCAGUUGGUAGUCCCGGAGGGAGACAACUCUUUCCACGUGGUGUCCCUGUGCGUCGCCAGCAGUGUUGGGAGCAAGUCCAGCAGCAGCCACACGUUUGAGGGUUAUGGCGCCCUGCAGCCCGACCCACCGGCCAACAUCACAGUUAACGUCGUGGCCGGACGCCCCCGCUGGCUCAAUGUCACCUGGCAAGACCCCUACUCCUGGAACACAUCUUUCUACAGGCUACGGUUUGAGCUCCGAUACCGGGCAGAACGGGCAAAGACAUUCACAACACGCAUGAUGAAGGAUCUCCAGUAUCACUGUGUCAUCCAUGACGCCUGGAUCGGCAUGAGUCACGUGGUGCAGCUUCGGGCCCAGGAGGAAUUUCAGCAAGGAUCGUGGAGCCAGUGGAGCCCGGAGGUCAAAGGCACCCCUUGGAUAGAAUCCAGCAGUCCUCCAGCGCAGGCCAAGGUGUCCACCUGCACACAGGCGCCUACUACUACUAAUAACGAGGAUGAUAAUAUUCUCCCCGGAGACUCUGCAAAUGCAACAAGCCUCCCAGUGCAAGAUUCUUCUUCGGCACCACUGCCCACGUUCCUGGUGGCUGGAGGAAGCCUGGCCUUCGGGACGCUCCUCUGCAUUGGCAUUGUCCUGAGGCUCAAGAAGACGUGGCAGCUGCAGUCUCUGAAAGAAGGCAAGACGAGCGUGCACCCCCCGUACUCUUUGGGGCAGCUGGUCCCCGAGAGGCCCAAGCCCACCCCAGUGCUCGUUCCUCUCAUCUCCCCGCCGGUGUCCCCCAGCAGCCUUGGAUCUGACAACACCUUGAACCACAGCCAGCCAGAUGCCAGGGACCCACGGAGCCCCUACGACAUCAGCAAUAGAGACUACUUCUUCCCCAGAUAGCUGGCCGUGUGACACCUGGCAGGCUGGGUGUCGGGCAUGCCCGACCGCGUGGGUGACGGAGCACAAACAGGCUUAGCAAAAGACACUUCUCACUGCCGUGCCAGCUCAUCUCAGGGGUGUGGAGCCUUUGGCUUCACUGUUACAGAAGAGCUUUGCAGAAAGUUCUAUGCUGGAUGAAAAAUGACUUUGCUUCAUCUGUUCAGAAGGAAGAGGUGGUUGGAUUUCCAAACCUCUCUUCCCAAAUGCCCUGCUUAAAGGUAUUAGAGUGAACGCGGGCCACCAUGAAGACAGCCAUGUCAAGGCUCUGUUGGACACUCAGGGGGCAAAGCCUGGGAGGCCUCAGUGUGGAGAAGCUGGUGGUUACCCGCCCAGCCAACACCUCUCUGCAAGCUGUACCCUCGGGCAGAUGGAACGGGGGUUUCCAGCCAGAGACUCCCCCAGUGGCCUAGCUCCUGGCCCACUGUGCCUUCAUCUUCAGGCUCAAACUCUUGAAACCCAAGUGCCUUUGCAAUUCUAUUUUUCUAGGCCUAAGGAUGGCUUUUACUGAAACCACAGAGGCGAGGGGGGAAGAAGCUCUCGCCUGCCUUUCUUCCCCACACUUGAAAAACAGCUGGGGGUGGGUGGGUGAAUAAUACAGUAUCUCAGGGCCUGAUGGUUUUAAAUGGAAUUACAAUUAGUUCCUCAUUAGCAUUUUGCUAAAUGUGAAUGAUAAUCCCAGGCAUUUGCUGAAUACAGAAGCUACUGUAUUGGCUUUGGAUCUCAGGACUUCUGGAGGAGACAAGCAGAGAUGAGGGGGACAGGGUCUCCAUGCUCCCCUGUGGUGGGGGAGCUAAGGGGGCCGCAGCCUCUGAAAACCAAGGUUCUCUGUCCGCCCCCCCCCCGCCCCCACAGGAGAGCAGUGAUGGAGACAGCUCCUGCCGGUGUGGAAAUCGAACUGUUUCACUCCAGCUUUGUUUUUUCAACUGAACCUGAGUAACUAGGGGAGAUAAUGUGAAAAGAAAAAAGAACCCGGCAAGAAUGUACUUCGAUUUGGUUUUUAAGAAACUGCUGACUAUUUUCUCUCCAGAGUGUGGAAGAGCCAUUAUUGGCUGGGUGUCAGUGUGUAAAUAACAUAGUAUCUUCGUUUAGCCCAAAACUGAAAAAGGAGGAGGAGAAAAAAUAUUUUUCCCUGCUAGAGAAGAGAUUCUGGUUUCAUUCUGUAUUUUGUUUUUGUCUUAAAAAGUGGAAAAAUAGCCUGCGUCUUCUCUAGUCUGGGGGAAAAGCAGCUGUGACUUCACAGCCCCCAGGCAGGUUAGGAAGGAAAGCGUGUCUCAGUCCCUGCCGCAGUGCGGGGAAGCAAGCCUCCCACGAGUACCAGGCAGGGUCCUAGAAAUUCCCCACCUCUGACAGCCGAGGGCCCUCUGUUAUCAAAGAGGAGGUUCAUUAAAAAUCCCUUACCUCAGUGCCUUCCUCUUUUUAUUUGUUUUCCUGGAGUUUGAUUCAGCUCAGCUAGAAAUGAAGGACCGACUAAAUGUCUAGCUGUGACAUUGUGACUAACCACUUCAGCUGAAUUUCUGUCCGGGCUUUGAAAAUUCAGUGAUGUCGGUGGUUACCCAGACAGGUGCCCUCGAGUAUUGGGGUAUAUCCCAGUGUGGAGCUGUGAUUACACUCAGUCAUGUAACCACGGACCCAAAUUUUACCAGACCACAAAACUUUUCUAGUGGUCUGCCCUUUCAGAAAAACCGCCACCACCCCCACACAGGUGCAAAAGGAUGAAAACGACCAUGUUUUAUUUACUGUUUGCUGGGUUCAGGCUGUUGCUAUCUUGAGCAAGUAGUGAUUUUCAUGAUUUUCAUUGCUGGCUUUGUACAUUUUAGACCCUGUUGCUGCUUCAGGCAACUCAAGUUGACAAAAGUUGGGCAGGUGUUUAUGGUGGUUUUUUUUUUUCUAUAUAAAGUUUCUGGGACUUGAACAGCAAAAAAUGCUUGUUAAAGGGAAAUAUUAAACAUGAGAAUCUGCAUGAGAAAGGGUGAUUCUGUGCCCACGGUUCUUUGAUUUUUUACACUGUUUUUACCUGCAUGUAAUAUUACCAAAGCCGGGCAGAGCUGUGCUAGUGGAAGAUGUGAAAUCCAGAUAGCUCAUUACUGCCGAGAGCUAGGCAGCUUUGAUCUCCAAAUUGUUAUUGCUUUCAUUAUUAUUGUAACGGAAGUGCCUUUUUUUUUUUUUGUAUUGAAGAAGGGUUUUUUUCCCCUUCAUUUUUUAUAAGCUAGUAUAAAUGAAGGAAGUGUUUGUCCUCUCUGGGCUGGAGGCUUUGCUCAGUGUACACAGGUAUAUACCCUAAGCUUUCUCUGUCCUUUAAUCUGUGGUAACUGAACAUUUGUCUCAGUCCAAGGGUCCUUCUUACCUGUGUUUCUGCAGCACGCCUGCUACCUUGUAUCCUCAACAGCGCUGUUACUCACCUAACACCUGCAGCCAUCUGCCAUGCAGCCAGAUGUGACAUGUUGGGACAGAGACAAUUUAAGCAUGACAACUUAUCCUGCUGGGUGGGAAAAGUAAAAAAUAUGCUGGUUCAAGGUCUAAGUUAAUGUGAUCUCAUUCAUUCUUGUAGCAUUAAUGCAAUAUUUUAAAAAAUAUUUCAAGGGGGUAGCAUUGGAUGUGUCUAGGAGGCCUUUGGUAACUCUGAGACCUCUUUGCUCUGACGAGCCCUUGUCCUCGUGGCUUGCGUGGUCGGCUCUGAGCUAGCUCACACCGAGUCUCUGGCGGUUCCGUGCUAUCUUGGGAGAAAGGAAACUGGUCACCACGGUAUAGCAUAGAAUCUGCUGCUAGAACUGGGCAGGGAGCCCACUUGGUGGUGAAUAGAGCCCAGUGGGGCAGGCUGGGAGUGGUCGUGGUUGGUGGGUUUUCUGGAGAAUGUUCAGGAAUGUCUUGCCUAGCUGCUUUGCUGAGCUGUAUCAUCUAAUUGCAGGUCCUUAAGGAUGACCCAGUUGGGGAGGAUUCUGACACUCAGCUUCAGGUGGAGUUAGUGAGAAAUUGUCUUAAUUUGGAGAUGCAGGGGCAACCCAUGAUCCACUGGGCCGUGAGCCCCACACCCAGCUCUCCCGUGCAACGUUCGGCACAGGCUGCUGGUGGAGGGGCAGGGCAGCCGGCCGGAUUCUGUGCCAGGUGCUCCUGAGCGUCCCCUAAAGGUCCUUCCAGCCUCCUGUCCUCAGUGUGGCUAGGUGCCAAUGCCAGGGGUUUCUAUGGCAACCUGAAUGAUUAUUAAGGAACAUUGUCAGUUUUAUGAACAUAUGCUCAAAAGAAGAACUACUUUGGAAGGAAAGGAAUGGAACAGCAUGUAGCAAGGCUGUUAAUUAAUAGACCUUAUUGGAUGGAGGUCCUAUCUGUUAAAUAGAAUACCUCACCUCUAUGCUGUUUUCUUGGAGAGAAAUAAUAGUUUUAAGGUUUUUGUUUUUUACCUAAUGAGAGCAAAUACCAAAGGCUGAUGCCUGUAUAUCAUGUUUUUCAAUGUUUUUUCUUUUUACCAGCUAUUGUGCAUUUAAGGUGAAAAUUGUAAAUGUUUGGA